AUGGCUUCCCGUCAGAGCUCGAGGGUCGUCACCCCCACGGAAAAGGUCUUGGCCCUAGAGGCUUCCCGCCAGACCGCGGCGCGUAGGGAAGCAGGUGACUCUUCGCGCGCGUCCUUCAGGGCGGCAGGCGAUGGGCACGCGCAAAAGGUGAUGAGCUUGGGUGGAGAAGAGACUCCGGUGCAGGGGGAGGACUCCGACGCUGAGGUGGUAGCUGUGGACAACCCAUCGAGUGCGGCUCCCGCGGGCAAGAAGAAGAAGAGAGUCUCCCCGAAGUGGAGCACGUGGUCGGACUUGACGCUGAUGAAACACGCUAUCAAGCACAAGACCUGGCGAGUGGCUGGCCUGACCGACAGGGUUGAAGACAGAAAAACGAGGAGGCGGCAAAAGCAUCCGGAGCAGGGAAUACCUCCGCCGAAGACCUCGAGGGAGAAGAAGCCGAGCUGGAGAAGCUGGUGCAAUUCGCGGUAG